AUGCCAAACAUUGUCCAGAAGCCCGCGCAUCUCUACUGCGAGUAUAAUCACGUCGAAUUUCCAUCGACGAAGGAAGGACCCCACCGUGCGACGCUGAAGACAAACGCAGCCCAGACCUGCGCUGCGAUUUGGCUCGAGUCGAAGAAGACCAAACUCCAAUGGGAGUGUGUGAUCGAAGACUUGGCCAAGCUUUUGACAACCGACUUCGCACUCCCGAGUGCAGUUAUCUUGUGCGCCAUCAAGGAUGGGCUUGCCGCCAUCGAUGGACCCAAUGCGCCAGAGGCCUCAGACGAAAUUUCUUCGAGUACGGUUGACCUUGUGUUGGAGAAGGACGCGCUGGCGCUUGGUCUUUGCAUCCACCUCUCGCCCGUGUGGACAGUGAAGUACCGCUUUGAGAUGGCACCCAUCGAGGUCAAGCUCAUCGACAUCCUCGAGGCUCGCAUCCGCGACCUUGAGGACGCCACCACUCGGCCGCAUAUUACGUUCUGCACCUUGACGACGACUACGCCAACAGGAGACGCCAAAGACUACCUGUGCGAGUGGACAGCUCCGUUGCCGCACGAAGCAGCGGCACUCGUCCGCAUCGAAGAUGACGACAAGGGCCGUAUCGUUGUAUUGCAGCCAGGUUUGUACCACAUCUACUGCACCUUUAAAUCUUUGACGACGGUGACGGGCGAAGUGACACUGUUCGUUGACGACACUGACGUCGGGACGGCGCCCUAUAAGUGCUACGUGCCGAACGAAGACGAGGCUAGUCGGUACUAUCAUGCUGACGUCUCGCACAUUUCGCAACUGACGGCUGGUGCUUAUAUUGAGCUUGACGCGGGGUCGAACGAUGUUGCGAUUCCCGGGUCCAUGACGAUUCGCAAGCUCCAACAGGGCGCUUUGUAA